CUUGUUUCUUCAAUACACAAGCACUAGUGCAACCCAUCUUCCCCUCCCCCAUAACCAUGCCCCUCGCUAGAGCAACCUUCAACGACAUCGUCCUCGCCGAAUCCCCCACCUGGGAGACCGUCGAAGGGAACAUCUACUUCCCACCCACAGCUAUCAAAGAUGAAUCACUCUUCGUCCCGAUCGACAAGGUGACAUAUUGUCCGUGGAAAGGAGAUGCAUCGUAUUACUCUCUUGUGAUUGGGCCCACGACAAUCCCCGGUGCAGCGUGGUAUUACCCCAAACCCUAUGAUGCUGCAAGCAAUAUCAAGAACCAUGUGGCAUUUUACACAACAGACAGUAUUAUAGUGACCGUGGAAUGAAUGGUCAGUUGGGAUUGGUGUUGUGAGUGGCAUGUUUGUAAUGAGGAUGGAUGAUUGAUACAGAAGUACUAGUUUGAUGUAACUCUCACGUUUAGCAUUCCAGUACAUUAAACCCAUUAUCAAAGGGAAAGCACGCCAUACUCUCUACUUCCCUUCCUUCACAAGUCCAUACUUCUCCUUCAGAUGCUGAACAGCGGCUUCCGCCAACCUUCCAACCUUCCCAAUCUUCGCAAUCUCCACCAUACUAAUAUCUCAAUUGAGAUCGCCUCGCAACCCGCGCUGAAUCUCCACCGCC